CAGAAGCUGCAUCAGGUUGCCGGCAAAAAAUUUCUGCCAAGGGAUCAAGCCUUCUGGCAAAAUGGAAUGGAAUGCAACUUGUGAAUACUGGGAGGCCGCACAGACUGCCCUGGAAAGCUGCUACCUUCCCAUUUUGUAUGGCAUUGAGUUUAUCGUGGGAAUCCUUGGGAAUACGGCCGUCGUUUUCGGCUACCUCUUCUGCCUGAAGAGCUGGAACAGCAGUAACAUCUACCUCUUCAACCUCUCUAUCUGUGACUUGGCAUUUUUGUGUACCCUUCCCAUGCUGAUGAGAAAGUAUGCCCAGAGACAAUGGCCCUAUGGGUAUGUGCUGUGUAUAAGCAACCGAUACAUACUUCAUGCCAACCUCUAUACCAGUAUUCUUUUCCUCACUUUUAUCAGCAUCGAUAGAUAUCUGCUCAUGAACUAUCCUUUCCGGGAACACCUCCUGCAAAAGAAAGCAUUUGCUAUUUUAAUAUCUUUGGCCAUUUGGGGCUUAGUAACCUUAGAGCUCCUGCCCAUACUUCUUUUUAUACAUUCUGAUGACAAUGGCACCAACUGUACUGAUUAUGCAGGUUCUGGGGACCCCAAUCACAGCCUCAUUUAUAGCAUGUGUUUGACCUUUCUGGGCUUUCUCAUUCCCCUUUUUGUGAUGUGCUUCUUUUAUUUCAAGAUUGCUCUCUUUCUAAAGCAGAGGAACAGGCAGCUCACUACAGCUUUGCCCCUUGAGAAGCCUCUCCACUUAGUCAUCAUGGCAGUUGUGAUUUUCUCUGUGCUUUUUACUCCCUACCACGUCAUGCGAAACGUCCGGAUUGCUUCACGCCUGGAGACCUGGAAGAAGUCGCCAUGCACUGAAGCCAUCAUCAACUCCUUGUACAUCUUGACAAGACCAUUGGCCUUUCUGAACAGUGUCAUCAACCCUGUCUUCUAUUUCCUUCUGGGGGAUCACUUCAGGGAGAUGUUGGUGAAUAAACUGUGGCAUCACUUCAAGGCCCUUACAUCCUUCAGAAGAUGAGCUCGUGGACGGACAUUUUCACUCGGGAAUAGUGAGGUGCCCGUGUAACAUUGUUUUACAGAAGCAGCUGUAGGCCAGGUAGAGUUUAACUCAGACAUAAAUCAGAGAGGCCCACAGACUUGGCCCUGGUUUAAAGGCAUGCUUGACCCAGGGUGUGUGAAAAGAAGAUGAUGGAAGGUAUUUAUUGGUUUCUUGACCUAAGCAUUGAAAGGAGUUGGACUAGCACUGUCUAAUGUUUGAGCACAUAAGUCCAAAAUUCUAGGUGAUAUAAGACCCUCUCAACCAGUGUAAAAGGAACAGAAGAUAAAGUCGCAAGUUGUUUGUGUUUAAUCACUACUUAGAUUGCAAAAAAAAAAAAAAAAUUGUGUUGACAAUAUUCUGUAUGUUAUUCAUGUGUGUGUGUGUUAGUUGCUCAGCCGUGUCUAACUCUUUGUGACCCCAUGGACUAGAGCCCGCCAGGCUUCUCUGUCCAUUGAGUUCUCCAGCCAAGAAUGCUGGAGGGGGUUGCCACUCCCUUCUCCAGGGGAUCUUCCCAACCCAGGGAUCGAACCCAGGUCUCCCACAUUGCAGGCAGAUUCUUUACUACUGAGCUACCAGGGAAGCCCAUAAAAGGUUACUCAUACAAUCCCAUAAUUUUUUGUGAGGACCAAAUAAGAGAAGAUUAGUCAUGUGUUGUUAAGUAUUGUUGCUAGAAGUUGUGCUCUUGAGCAAAUUUAGAGAUAAUAGUAGCAACAAAGAGCAGAGAAAAUAUAACUGGUUCAAAUAUGCCUAUAUUUCUUUAUAUUGAUUAAGAAAUGGAGUCCAGUUGUAAUUAUAAGUCCUUUUUUGUUGUUAUAUGGUUUUUAGUGCAAAAAAUCAUAUUAAAUAGAACCCAAAGAGAUGAUUUCUUAAAGAGAGACAUGUUUGAGCUCAGCUCUCAGGGGACUUAGGUGUAAGUGGCUUUAUAAAAAUAAUAGAGUCAGAUUCCAAGGAUAACUGUAAAAAUUUCAAAGUCAUAGAACACAAAGCACCUACCAGGAAACUCAAAGGAAGACAAAACAAAACAAAGUCAGUUUUUAUAAUCAGUGUACCAUCUGGUAUUUUAUGAUCACAAUGUGAUUUUCAGUGCAUGGAAGUAUAUUAAGUUCAUUAGCCUUCCUGCUCUUGAUUAAAUAGUAAACUUUGAAAUAUAUUAGUAUCAUAAAACCAGCAUAUAAGAGGAAGGGAAAUGGUAAUGUCAAAACUUAUUGAGUUAUUUAUUUUCCUUUUUUGGAGGGAAAAAUCAGUUUUUCUCCCCGCCGGCACCCCACCCCACCCCCCGCCUUGCCCCAAAUACACACACACUUAUUUUUUUUUUUUUAAGCAAUGGGAUAAUUUAAAAGGACAAUUUUAUCUUGAGUGACUCAUAUCUGCAAUGAGACUUAUUUUCAUAGAUUAUUACCUAAGACCAUUGGAGGAAAUGUUUUAAACAAAACUCACUAUAUGAAUUUGCAAAAUGUGCAGAACAUUUAUCUACCUAUCAAUAUAGAUUAUUCCAGGAGGGUUAUGUAAACGCUAUCCUAUGCCACAAAUCAAAUUUGAAGAGGGGGAAUGAAUGCUGCAUUAGCUAUUUAGAGUUAAAAAGUAUCAUAUAAUAAUUUACAUAUUACAUGCAGUAAAAUGUGCGCAUGGCCACAUGCCUAUGCUCUUUUCCUUAAGGUCAUUAGCUGUAAUGAGGAUAAAAAUAAGCAUUAUAGGAGCAAAGACAUAAAAUUCCAUGACUUCCCUGUUUUAAGGUUUCCUGGUAACAUUAUAUUCUGACAUUCCAAAAACCCAAAAUGUUUCCACUGAUAUAUUGUAGAAAAACAGUACUCAUUUUCCUACCUAACCUUAGGCUUUAAAAUUUUUUUUCAUGUUUGUCAAUAAUUUUAAAGUGUCAAUGUCAUUUUAUAACGUCCUGAUAAAAGUUGAUCUUCUGAAUUUUUUUUCAUUAGAAAAAGCCACAAGAAAAAAAAGAAAAGAAAAAGCCACAAGAAAGGGUCUUAAGAAAGAAAUAUUUGCUUAUCUGCAAACAUAUAAUUUAGCUGUAAUUUGCAUUUGAUGCAUUGAUUUUCAUUUGUAAACAUGAAAUUAAAUUUGUGCCACACCUAUCCCAAGAAGUGGCAGGGGUAAGCUUUUCUAAUAGUAUACUGAAAUGUUUUGUGAAACUAUGAACUCUCACACAUGUUUUAUAAGCAAAAUGUUAAUUUUAUAACAUAUUUCUUAUUUUUUGUUCAAAUUUGUCAUCUGAUAACUUAAUCCUUAACUGAUUAAAGUGAUCUGCAUGGAAGUUACAAGAACUAUUCCAUUUGCAUUUUGUACCAGGUGAUUACAAUCGCAAGCAAUAAGUAAUGAAUGGAAUCACAAACAAUAAGUAAUAAAUGGAAUCUCAAUCAAUAAUAAUGGAUAUCAUUUCUGCAUUUGUGUUUUGCAAGGGAGAAAAUGUUGGGCUUUUAUAACUUGUCUUUUAUUGGCUGUCUGGUUAUCUUCCCGAACCAUGACUAAAGUGUUUGGUCCAGCAUUUUGCAAUCUGGACCCACCUGUUCCCUGUGCAUUCUCUCUCACCACUGUUGUCAUGAAUUAUACCUUUCAACCAAGAUAGCUACUUCAUUUCAUUAUAUUUAGAACUUUCUCUACUGCGGACACCUGGAUGCUCACCCUUGUUUUAUCAAGCCCACAAAUUAAAAAAAUCUAAGCCUCUUUUAAGGUCUAUAUCAUCUGUCUCUCCAUCUUAAAGCCUUACUAUUAGGACUUCUCCCCAAAUCUGAAAA